UGCGGGAAAAAGAAAGAUCAGGAGAAUUUCACCAAAACAAAAUCACAAUUUCUCCGAAAUUAUUGAAGAGGUUUAUGAUCAAAUGCAAACAUUUUGCAUUAUCAGGUUAAUGAGAAAUCAGAAACAUGUACAUUAAGCAGGUCAUCAUACAGGGGUUCCGAAGUUACCGAGAUCAGACGGUUAUUGAACCAUUUAGCCCCAGACACAAUGUUGUAGUUGGACGGAAUGGUUCUGGAAAGAGUAACUUCUUUUAUGCCAUCCAGUUUGUCCUGUCUGAUGAGUUCAGCCAUCUCAGACCAGAGCAGAGGCAGGCCCUUCUUCAUGAGGGAACUGGACCAAGGGUCAUCUCGGCUUACGUGGAAAUCAUAUUCGAUAACUCUGACAAUAGAAUUCCUAUUGACAAGGAUGAAGUUGUCCUAAGAAGAAUCAUAGGUUCAAAAAAGGAUCAGUACUUUUUGGAUAAAAAGAUGGUCACGAAGACUGAUGUGAUGAAUCUGUUGGAAAGUGCUGGAUUCUCACGGAGUAAUCCUUACUACAUCGUGAAGCAAGGCAAGAUUAACCAGAUGGCCACUGCACCUGACUCGCAGCGUUUGAAACUGCUGCGAGAGGUUGCUGGUACUAGGGUUUAUGAUGAGAGGAAGGAAGAGAGUAAGAUCAUCCUCAAGGAAACAGAGGGUAAACGGGAGAAGAUUGAGGACUUGUUGAAGUACAUUGAGGAGCGUCUUGCUACACUGGAGGAGGAGAAGGAAGAGCUGAAGGAGUAUCAGAAGUGGGACAAGAUGAGACGCUCCCUUGAGUACACUAUUCACGACCAUGAACUCCGGGAUACCAGGAAGAAACUCGAUGAUCUACAAGAGAGACGAGAGAACAGUGGUGCACAUACUCAGAAACUGAGAGACGAACAGCAAAAGGCCACAGACAAAGUCAAGGCUCUCAAUAAAGAUCUCCGAGACAUUAAGUUAAAAAUGCAGAAUUUGACAGAUGAAAAAGAGCAACUCUCGGCUGAGAACCAGGACUUUAUGAAGAGAAAGGCAAAGCUGGAGUUGGAUAUAAAGGACAUGCAGGAUGAAGUGGAGGGAGACCGGAGUGCCAAGUCGAAAGCUGAGCAUCAGCUGACAGCGUUAGAGGAGAGGAUCGAGAACACGCAGCAGCUACUGCGAGACAUCGUACCCAAGUAUGAGGAGAUGAGACGCAAGGAGGAGUCUGUCACCUCACAGUUGGCGUUAGCUGAACAGAGGAGGAAGGAACUGUAUGCUAAACAAGGCCGAGGUAAUCAGUUCACAUCACGGGACGACCGUGAUAACUGGAUCAAGAAAGAGUUGAAGUCUUUAACUAAAGCAAUCAGAGACAAAAAAGACCAGAUCAGCCGACUAGAUGAUGACCUAAAGCGUGAUGGCACCAAGGCGGAGCAACUUGAGGCACAGAUCUCUGAUUAUAACGAUAAAGUGAACCAGCAUCGUGACAUCAUCGACACGAAUAACAAGUCUUACUACGAGAUGAAGAAACAGAAGGACUUGCUGCAGAACGAGCGGAAUCAACUGUGGCGACAGGAGAGUGCCAUGCAGCAGAGCAUGGCGACAGCGAAGGAGGAGUCGUCCAAGAAAGAACAGGCCCUCAGGUCGAUCACUGGCAAGGCUGUUCUCAAUGGUAUUGACAGUGUGAACAAGGUGUUGCACCAGUGGAGGGAGCAGGGCAAGUUUCCAGAUAUCGUUGACGGUUACUAUGGCAUCCUUAUUGAGAACUUUGAGUGCGAGAAGACGUUCUUCACAUCAGUUGAGGUCACAGCUGGGAACAGGUUGUUCUACCAUGUUGUCGACCAUGACAAAGUUGGAACCAAGAUCCUCCAAGAGGUCAAUAAACUCAAGCUGCCUGGUGAAGCAACAUUUCUUCCUCUCAACAGAUUGGAUGCCAGAGAUACAGUCUAUCCUGACACUAAUGAUGCCAUUCCCAUGAUCAGCAAGCUCGAAUAUACAGACAAGUUUGCCAAAUGUAUGAAACACGUGUUUGGCAAGACACUGAUUUGUCGUAACAUGGAGGUGGCCACACAGAUUGCUCGCACACAGAAUCUCGAUUGUAUCACAUUGGAUGGUGACCAGGUUAGCAGAAAGGGGGCGUUGACUGGUGGUUACUAUGACUCGAGAAAGUCACGUCUGGAGCUACAGAAGGGCAAGACGGAACUUAAAGAUGAAGUGAGGCGAUUGGAGAGGGACUUUGCUGAACAUAGGACCAAGUUACAAGCUAUUGAAGGUCAGAUCAACAACCUCGUCAGCGACAUGCAGAAGAUGGAGACGAAGAACAGUAAGAACAAGGAUAACUACGACAAAAUGCGAGGUGAUGUGCGCCUUAUGAAAGAGGAGUUUGAUGCCAUUGAGAAGGCCAAGCCACAGAAGGAGAGAAGUCUGAACAGUUUGAAGAGUAGUUUAGAUUCAAUGAAGACAACUGCCCAGUCGCUGACUGAUGAGCAGGGCUCGGAGCUCCUCUCACAGCUCUCCGUCGACGACCAGAGGGAGGUAGAUACUCUGAACGACCAGAUUAAACGCCUGACCAGGGAGAAUAAGGAGUCGUUAAAGGAGAGGAUUAAGUUGGAAGCAGACAAGAACAAACUGGAGAAUCUCCUCAAUAACAACCUGAUUCGCAAACGCGAACAUCUCCAACUUGACCUGCAGGAAAUCUCUGUUGAAGAUCGCCGGCAGAAACUUGAGACGUUCCGAGCAGAACUGGAAGUGAUUGAUAUGAAAAUAUCUGAGUACAAGGAUCGAUCAAGAGUGCUUGACGAUCUGAUUGAUGAACAGAGCAAACAUCAACGAGAUUGUCAGCAUUCUCUAGAGCAUUGGAAAGCAAAGGAACGCGAGCAACAGGAGCGUAUAAACGAUGACGCCAAGGACCUCGAGAAAAUGACCAAUAAACAGAGUCUCUUGCUUAAGAAGAAAGAUGAAUGUAUGCGCAAGAUUCGAGAACUUGGCUCACUGCCCAGCGACGCAUUUGAAAAAUAUCAGGAACAUAGUCUCAAACAGCUUUUCAAAAAGUUAGAACAGUGCAAUCAGGAGUUGAAGAAAUACAGUCAUGUGAACAAGAAGGCUUUGGAUCAGUUUGUAAACUUCUCUGAUCAGAAAGAGAAACUUCUGAAGAGAAAGGAAGAACUCGACUCUGCUCACACGUCUAUCCUAGAUCUGAUGAAAGCCCUGGACCAUCGCAAGUACGAGGCCAUACAGCUGACAUUCAAACAAGUCUCUAAGUACUUUACCGAGAUCUUCAAGAAGUUGGCACCCAAGGGGGAUGCUGUGUUGGUGAUGAAGAAGGGUGAGCAGGAACCAUCCGAGGGUGAGGAUAGGAGCCAGCAGUCUGGACAGAUGCCACUUGUUGAGCAGUUCACUGGAGUUGGAAUCAAGGUGUCGUUCACUGGUGUGCGUGCUGAGAUGAAGGACAUGCAGCAGUUAUCUGGAGGACAGAAGUCCAUGGUUGCCUUGACUCUCAUCUUUGCCAUCCAGAAGUGUGACCCAGCACCUUUCUAUCUUUUUGAUGAGAUUGACCAGGCUCUUGAUGCCCAACACAGGAAAGCUGUUGCAGACAUGAUCCAUGAGCUCAGUCAAGAUGCACAGUUCAUCACCACCACAUUCCGACCGGAACUACUCGAGCACGCUGAUAAAUUCUAUGGCGUCAAGUUCAGAAAUAAAGUGAGUCACAUCGAGUGUGUCAGUCACACGGAGGCUGCCGACUUUGUAGAAGACGAUUCGACACAUGGCUGAGCUGCGCCCUCUAUACCCUCCUGCUGGAGCCAUAUCAGAUCUUGCAUUUAGGGCUCAAACCCUUUGAAUAUUGAGGUGCAUAUGACAUUCAUUCUGUUUGUGUUUGUUUUGACCGUUUCUGGAGGGAAUUCUGUGUUGAUAAAAGCCUGUUUAAUACCUUACCUUUGAGGCUGCAUGAUUGUAGCUUGGCACUGGCAGGAGUAAGAGAAUGUACUCGAGGACCUCAAUACUGAAUUCAUUAAUGGAGCCAAGGCGCGUGUGACCUUUUUUUACAAAUACAGAGAUUUAAUGAAUCAGAAUCAGAAGCUGUUGUCCCUGCUGCUUGCAGAGUGCCAGUUUGCCAUUGUUGUUGCUAUUGGUUCAACAAACGUAUCCAGAUAUGAUAGCUGUGCUAUAUUGUGGAUUAUGGCCCCUUUAUUUGUACAAAAUAUUUAGCAAAUAACAAAUUCAAAAGCAUGUACGUCAUGUUGUGUUGUUUCAAUAGUGUGGGCAAAGAAGAGAAACAGCCAUAUGGUUUUAUGUAUAGGUCACCCCUCGGCUGAACAGUGCACUUUAUGCUGUUCAUGGAGGAGAGGACCAGAUUGAGACAUGUCCCUGUCAUGUCCUACAGAAAGUGGCGGUUCUGUAGGCAAGAGCUGUAGUUGGCAGGAACUGGGAGGCAACAACUGAGGUCCUUGUUGGGAAUCUUUCUGCACUGGCUACCUCUGUCUGGCAGUUAGGUUGUGCACUGCCAUCUGCUUUGAAUAUGAGCCAAGGCAGGAUCUUGUUGAGGCAACAGAUUGAUUCCAAAGGCUGUCCUAACAUUGACUAUGGUGUGCGAUUAGGCACAGUUCUAAUAUACUGAGAUGAUCCUUAAUCUUCUCUUUGAUUUUCUGUGUGUUAACUAUUUGGUAUUUGAAUCUAUUCCUUUCCCCAGAAACGUUGGCUAAAACUUUUUUUCGAGCUCAUACUCCUCGGUUAGCGUAGAGGAAUUUAAACACACAUGUUGACUGACGGUCAGUCGGUCGUUUAUUUAUACUUUUAAUGUUAGAAAGUUUAUAGUUUUGAUACAAAUGAUUGUUAAAUUAGAAAGUACAGUGUAAGCUACUCAUCAUGUUUUCACUGAAAAGCUUGGACUGUCGACCAAGUUUGGGAACAGGUGUAACACCUAUGUUGUGUCCUGAAAUGAGCCCACUUGCUGAUAAGCGCUUGGGUUUUAACUCUGAUAUCAUAACGUUUUAGGAGAUAAGACAUUUUGCUAUCGACCCUCUGCACUCAACAACUUGAUUGCAAGAUGGUGAGGAGCUCCAAGCAAUAUGUCUUUCAUAGCCAAUCAGAUUCUGAGAAACAUUCGUCAAGUAAAUGUCUGAAACUGCAAUUGAAUCAUUUCAAUGUUGUCAUUUUAUUAAAAUUGAAUCCAUGUCAUGUACAUUUCAUAUUGAACAAUGACCAUUCAUCUAAUAAAACAUUUCAUUUCUCA